AUGUCGACGGUUCGAUAUUUUCUUGGAAGUGCAGUCAUCGAUGACUAUAUUUAUGCAGUAGGAGGAUUAAAUGAGUCACACUCUCCAUUGAGUUCUGUUGAGAAGUAUGACCCACGCCGGAAUGCGUGGACUCCAGCGCCUGACAUGAACAACAGGCGAUAUGGUUCAGCUCUUGCUGUUGUCAACGAAAUGCUAUAUGCUGUGGGUGGCUACGAUGGCACUGCAGAGCAGGAUAUUGUUGAAGUUUUUGAUCCCAAAGGAGAAUCAAUGGACACUUCACAGUCGUAUGAAUGA